AUGCAGACCUCAUCACAGAGCGCAGCAGCGGCCAGGGGUCCCGAGGAGACGCAUACGAUUGAGGCGGCCGCAGGAACAAUUGCAGCUGACGAAGGAAUUACUGCCGAUGACGAAAACAACCCCCAAGCGGAUACAGAAAGCAUUCAUUCUUCGUCCACCGCAUCGUUGAGCGAGAGCAUCACUGAAUACCGCCGUCUGCAUGGACGCACCUACACGCAAAAGUCUGAUUACUGGGGUCCAAACGACGAUCGGCAGAAUGAAGGGCUGGAUAUUUCUCACCACAUGGAGACUUUGUUUUUUGACGACAAGUUGUUCUUAGCUCCAAUUAGCGACAGCCCGCAGAAUGUGCUUGACGUCGGUACUGGAACAGGUAUCUGGGCCAUCGAUUUUGCGGAUGAGUACCCUUCAGCCGAAGUGACAGGUGUCGAUAUCUCGCCUAUUCAGCCUGGUUGGGUCCCGCCCAACUGUAAGUUCCAGAUCGACGACGUGGAGCAGCCUUGGACAUGGCCAGUGAACUAUUUCGACUUCGUUCACAUCCGCCAUCUAGAGGCCAGCAUAUCAGACUGGCCAGCCUUGUAUAAGCAAGCCUACGAUCACCUCAAGCCAGGCGGCUACAUCGAGAUCAAAGAGACCGAUAUUCAGGCUCGCUCUCAGCUUUACGGGGACGAUUUACCAGAGGAUCAUAUCUUCAAUCGCUGGUACAAGGUAUUUUUCGAAUCGGGGGACAAGCUUGGUAAAACGUUUACGCAGACUCGAGACCAUGGAAUUGCUAAAGCGCUAGAAGCCGCUGGGUUUGUGGAUAUUGUGGAGAAGAUACUGCCAAUUCCCAUCGGAGCAUGGCCUGCGGACCCCAAGCUCAAUGAGGUUGGCGCAUAUCACCUGGAGUUCUUGGACCAGUCCUUGGAGGGUUUUGCAGUCUUUCUUCUGAAGGAAAUAAUGGGAUGGGAGUACGCUGAGAUUCUCGUCUUCGUUGCCGAAGUUCGGAAAGCCCUCAGGGACAUGAAGCUCCAGGCAUAUCUCAACUUGCAUUUGGUGUACGCGCGAAAGCCCGAAGACGCAGAGCUGGCGGACCAAGAGACUGCUGCGGCUGCUACUUCUUGA